AUCAGCAUGAAGCCAGUUGUUUGAAGUUCAAUAUUUACAUGGCGCAGAAUUUGAGUAUUGGUGUUUCAAAGUUUUUGUAAACUAGACCAUAAACUAGACUCCUGUUAUUUGGUACAAAGUACAUAUACUACAUACAUACAUAAGUACAUAUCAUGAUAUUAACAAUAAUGAUCCCUUUAAUUUCAAAUUAAAAAUUACGUAUUUACUUUAAUAAUAAGGAAAAGUAAAUACAACGUUAAAAUUUCAUUUCUUUUUUUAUUUUAAAAUGUCAUUUCCGCUCGUGGCGUAUGUAGUGGUAAAAACAUGCUAAAAACCAUUGCACAGAGCCAAAAUUAUAAUUUGCAUUAUCAAAACCAUUUCCAGAAAGAGAGAAGGUGAUUAAUAUAAUUAGUAAUAAGCCUACUGAUAAUAAAAUAAAAACACAAAUAAAACUUUAUGGUGGUUUUUAAUUUUAAUUAAUUCAACAUCAUUUCCCAAACACAUAUGUCAAUAGACAACGUUAUAGCGUUUUUUAGUUUAGUUUUUUCACUAUGCUUUUUAAGUGUGUUGUUUGUUUUGGUGUUGCUAUUUCUAUAGUUUUAGGAAAAAUUGAACUGUCUAUGGACGAAAGUGAAUAUGUUUUUGAAAAAGGAGGCAAUUUAGAUAUUUACUGUUAUGGAACUGAAAGCAUUCACUGGAAAGUCCCAAGGAAUUCAGUGCGUAUAAAGAUAACUACACUGAAAUUAAUAAAAAAAGUCUACCAGGAAACAACACCUUUUCUUAUAUUAAUUUACUCGAAAUAAGGAAUAUUUCAUACCUCUAUGUGGGAUCAUACAUGUGCGUUGGUCAAAGUGAAAACACUUCUAUAUAUUUCUAUGUUAAAGAUUUGAAACAUUUAUCUACAUAUGCUGAACUCGUGGGGAAUGUUUUUGAAAGGCGAGGUUCGGAUUAUAUUUUACCAUGCAAACCUACUUUUCCGGAGGUUGAAGUUAAAAUUUUUGACAACGACAUACAAGAAUAUAUAACAUUUGGAGAACUUGAUGACAACGAUUUUUUAUACACAUUUCAUCCCCAACAUGGAGUUAUCAGGACUUCCGAAGAAUUUGUUGAAGAAGUAUCGAUAGAUUGUAAUUUUAAGUAUAGAAAUAUAACCCAACACGUUACGGUAAAAAAUAACGCAAAAGAGAUAAUUAAACUGUCUAUGGACGAAAGUGAAUAUGUUUUUGAAAAAGGAGGCAAUUUAGAUAUUUACUGUUAUGGAACUUUAAGCAUUCACUGGAAAGUCCCAAGGAAAUCAGAUGGCUACACUGAAAUUAAUAAAAAAAGUGUACCAGGAAACAACACCUAUUCAUACAUCACUUUACUCGAAAUAAGAAAUAUUUCAUUCCUCUAUGUGGGAUCAUACAUGUGCGUUGGUCAAAAUUUGGAUCAUUUAUCUACAUAUCAUAAAGACAUAUUGCACGCAAAUUCAACGCCAGGUUCACAAUACAUAGCACCAUGCAAGCCGACUUUUCCAGAGGUUAUAUUAUUAUUUGAUGAACUUGAAGAUAUAACAGCAGUGAAACCUAGUUACCUCCGUAUUUCAUACAAAACAGAUCCCCAUCAUGGAGUUAUUAUUAGAAAAGCCAGUGAAUAUAUUGGAGAUAGAUUCUUUCAAUGUGUUUUUAAGUAUGAAGAUAUAGAAGAGUCGUUUGUGAUAAUCCUUCAUGUACAAAGUAAACCAAAACUAAAAAUAGUAAGUGAUGAGGAACUGUUCCACUUAGUAAACCAAAAUUCGACAGUGACUUGUACGGUAACAGCAAAUCCUCCACCAAAAAUUAACUGGUUUUUCGAAGAUAUCGAAGGUCUCGCCAUAAAACAGCUCAACGAAUCCAGCAACUCCUCAAAUGGCUUAAAUUACGAGUUUAAUUCCACUGUAACAAUCAAAUCUUCAACAGAUGGAUUUUUAAAGUGCAAUGCUUCAAAUAGUGAAGGGGCGGAAGAUGACCAGGUUAUAUAUUUAGUUUCGGAUGUUAAAAACGGUUUCGACUUCACCGGCUUAGAAGAUUUCUAUGUAUCGCACAAUAACGUUUACCUUGCUAUAGACCAAAAAAUUUCCUUAAUGUGUGGGACAUCUGUAUUAGAAUAUUAUGAACCGGUAUGGUAUGUCAACAAGACUCUGGUGAAAAAGAGUUUUGGUAAAUUUGUUCUGGAUACAGCUAGAACCAAUUAUAGCAAAAAAAGUUUUCUUCUAAAAGAAAAAGCUGAAUAUACAGAUAGUGGAUACUACGAGUGCAAGGUUCGAAGAAAGUACUACCCACAUAUAAAUAUUCACUAUGGUUUAUCUGUUAUGGAUAAAUCGCCAUUACGGGUAGUUCUGAAUCAAAAAACAACUGUCAAGUUAAAUAGAACACACCCUAUUACCUUGACUUGCGAUGUCUUUGGUUUGCCAAAACCCAAAGCAGUUUGGCUCAAGGACGGACAAGAGAUAAAAUCCUCAAAGAAAGUGUAUUUUAAUGGAGUGCCUUAUGUAAGAUUAAACAUAAACGUUCUUGAAGAAGGUACUUAUGAAUGCUUAGGAAUUUUGAAUGGCACCAUUUCAAAGCAAAUCUAUGUGGAGUCUGAAACAACAUUAUCAAAGUUGUUGUUCAUAUGCCUUGGAGUAUUUUUAGCACUUUUGAUUUUCGUUGUGGCUAUUGCUUUAAAAAUUUACAAUUUAAAACAGAAAAUAGAAUACGAAAUGAAUCAAGCAGGUUUAGAUAACUUUAAAUCCGGCGCCAUAAAAAAUCUAAACCCGAAACUGGCAAUUGACAAACAAGCGGACUUGCUGCCUUAUGAUGACAAAUUCGAAUUCCCUAAAAAAAAUUUGAUUAUCGGCGAACAGCUCGGUUCAGGGGCAUUUGGUGUUGUAAUGAAAGCAGUGGCGAGGAAUAUUUUGGACCACGAAGACAUGACUGUUGUGGCUGUAAAAAUGGUGAAGGAAAUCGGUGAUCCUGCACUAAUUAAGGCCUUGGCAUCCGAGCUUAAGAUUAUGGUGCACCUUGGAAAGCAUUUGAAUGGACAAAUUUUAGGAGAACUCAUGGUCAUAGUGGAAUUCUGUCCCUACGGAAACCUACACAACUAUAUACAAAGACAUCGAAACCACUUUGUUAACCAAAUUAAUCCCACCACGCAAUCAGUAGAUUUUACAAUUGGGGUGGAGGUUCUUGAAAAAGUAUAUUCAGCUUCAAACAGUUCUGCUGUGGAAGAUCCCGGUUCCAGUAAAGGUUCAAGCGUAUAUUAUACUGCAAGAACUGAAAUGUCUUCUUUAUCCAACAACUGUGAAGUUAAUGAUGAGUUUUACCUAAGCAACAACUGCUGUAUCCAACCUGAUUCCGGAGCAAACUAUAAGGGAGACUGCAAAGAAAAUGUAAAACCAAUUUUCACAAAGAAUUUGAUAUGUUGGGCCUUCCAGGUCUCCAGGGGAAUGGAGUAUUUGGCUUCCAGAAAGGUUUUGCAUGGAGAUUUGGCAGCAAGAAACAUUUUGUUAUCUGAGAAUAACAUAGUAAAAAUAUGCGACUUUGGUAUGGCCAAAAGUAUGUAUACCAAUGUAAACUAUCAAAAGAAAGGAGAGGCUUUGCUUCCAAUAAAAUGGAUGGCAAUAGAAUCUAUAAGGGACAGCAUUUUCUCUACUCAAUCAGAUGUUUGGUCUUUUGGUGUAGUUCUGUGGGAAUUUUUCUCGCUAUCCAGAACCCCGUAUCCUGGUAUUUCACCUUGUAAAACCCUUUAUGAUAAAUUAGUCAGUGGUUAUAGAAUGGAAAAACCGGAGUUUGCCCCAAAAGAAAUCUAUAAUAUGAUGACGGACUGUUGGUUGGAGGAACCACAAAGUCGGCCAUCAUUCGAAAUCCUGACUGAACGUUUGGGUGACCUCUUGGAGGACAAAGUUAGAGGGCACUACGUUGAUCUCAACGACCCUUACCUGAAAAUGAACACCGAAACAUUGAAAACUCGAAGCGAUUAUUUGGCGAUGGUAAGUCCCCCAGAUUUCGGUGUGCUAUCCUCUCCAGGUUCUGACGACUGCCCCGAUCCCUCCGAUUUAGACCCCUUGGGGGAAGUUGGAGACAUAACGAGUUCUCUGAACAUAACUACGUUAAUAUGAAUCAAAAUUCCUAAUUAUCCUAAUGACAAGUUUUUACAAAGUGAGAAUCUUAGACAGCACCUGAGGUCAACUUAGUAAAUCAACAAACUGCUUGUCCGAAUUUGCUUAAACUCUGUAAUAUAAUAAGGUGACAGAACAUUGUAUUUUCAUUUAUAAUUGCUUUAUAUUUAUAACAUAAAAUACUAAGAAACACUU